AUGGCACAGUUCUUUGGCGAAGGUUCAAAUGAAACCAAUAUAGUUCCUCUAGUCCGCAGUCAGUCGAACAACCGCAUUUGUGAUCAGACUUUGAACGAAGAUGAUAAUCCAAGUAAGAUUCUGACUGACAACAGCAUGACAACACUGUCCUCUGAGGUUUUAGACCUUGUAUUUGACAAUGUCCUGCAUGAAUGUGGAUUAUUGGAUAGUCCAUCAAGGCCACACAGUUCUCCUUCCUACCACGCAGAGUGUGGAACAAAAGAUAUGAGCUCUUUUGCUGGGGACUUGAUCAGACAAGUGUCAAUCAAACUCCAAACAUUUGUUUCUGAUAGUCAACUCUCCACCAAACCCAUGACAUCUCUGUCAGAAUCUCUUUCUGACUCUACCUUGAAGCAGUUAUGUUCCUGCUCGGCUUUUACUACCACAGCUGUCUGUCAAGCGAUCAAAACAGAGCUUGAGAAUGAGUUGAGUCUUAACUCGGCUUCAGAGACUUUAUCCAAAACCAACCUGGCAGCCAGCAAUUUUAUUUCAACUCUUCUACAGACAAUUGAGGACAUAGAUGUUGCUGACAUCCUCCAGGGCCCUUUGGAUAUUUUUGAGGAAGCUGCUUUGAUAAACCAUCCAGAGUUGUCCAAAUCAAUGAUAUACAGGUCCUUGCUUAUUGAUUCACCUCUCCCGUCUUCUGCGAUGGUCACCAAGAGUAUUAUCUACCAACAUCCACAGCUCUCAGGGGAAAAUGUCAUUCUUCAGAAGGACCUCAUAGCUGAUGAUUUACAAAUCAACUGUAGUCAACCAGUGGAAGAGUAUAUCAUCAAAGCUGAGGAAUAUAUCACUCAGGUCAUUCAGGAUGCAGCUUUAACAUAUACUGCUACACUGAAUGAAAUCCCCAGUUUUGGAGAACAAUCAGAAAUUCUGUCUGUUUCCCCUAGGAAUAUUGCAAUUAUAUCCUCCAUUCUCUUUGAAGGUAUUAUUGCAGACCUGCGUCAAGUGUCUCAGGUCAAUAAGACCUCCACGUGUACAAAAUCAGGUCGCAAAAUGUUCUGGGAGGCCGUUAGUUCAGGUUCCAAAAAGAUGUAUGCAAAAACCCUGGACAAGCUAAAUACAUUUUUCAGAAACGUUGUAGGAAGAGACUUUGGAAAAACUGCAAAGGAGACUCUCAGUCAGAUCCUUAAGGUGAUCAAGUCCAGAGUUGUCAACUCUGAGAGUUCACGUGAGGAAUGUCUGAUAGCCACAAACAUGUUAAAUUCCCUUCUGGAGAGCCUUGAACAGUUGCCUGACGCAUGCUCUUCCAAUGAAACACAGAGGAAAACAUCCCCUACAAGCAUUUCCAUAGACAGCUUUGCCCAGACGUCCGUUAGGAGUCUCAAUGGACAGGUCUUGGGUAUGUCAACUACCCGUAACAGUGUCAUGGACCAGGUCACCAAAACGAUGACUCCACCAGUGUUUGACAGCUUGACUGAGGUGUCCUCGUCCUCAGUGGAGCAUGUUAUUGUGCCCAGGUGGCAAACACAAGCACGUCCAACUACCUCAAGCACAAGCAUCAUCGCCAGUGACAUCACUGACAGUGAUAUUGACAGUCUUGGACCUGUGGAGGAAUUGUUGACCAGGAAUGUUAACCCAUCUGAUGCCAAUGCUGAUGGCAUGUCUCAGCUGCCUUCUGCUGGAGGAAAGCAGAUUUAUAAGACCUGGAAGUGGUUUUGCCUUCCCAGAAUGAAGAUCAGCAGCAAGUUCAAAAGAACAGGGAAACCAAAAAAACAUUCGGAAAAAGAUGUGUUCCCUACCAAAAAGAUGUGGCGUUUCCUAACCAGAAUGCCUAAAAUACCCAAGAUCAGGAUCAAGGUGUUUAUGAAUAGAACAGAACCAGUGGACCAAUCUCAACACAAUGUGCAGCCUACCAAAUGCAUCAGCCAGUCUCGUAUUUCACUCGAUGCUGAGUUUGAUGGUCCAAUGCUGGUUCCAGAAGUUCUAUCAACAUCUCCACCAAAGGAGGACCCAACACCCAAACCACCUUCUGCUGCCCAGGGGUCCCAGUCCCGUAAAUGUCCAUUCCUGCUCUCCAUGUUCCGGGGUUUCUUCAGACCAAUCAGCUGCUUUUCUAGCAAGAAGGACUAG